CGUGAGAAGAUGCUCCGUGGCCAGCAGCGUGGUUGCAUACAUUUGCGUGGUGCUGUCAUUGGGAUUGAUGGCGAAAACAAUUCACUGUUUACAGUGACCGCCGACAAUAAAACAUUCCAUUUGCAGGGCCGUGAUGAGAAUGAGCGUAACGAAUGGAUUCGUGCACUGGAAGCAGUUAUCCACGAGCGCAGCGGCUACUAUCGUGUCACACCAGCCAGCACUUCCACGGUACUGAAAGCAAAAGCUGUCGAGGCUGAUAAGCAUCUCCAGGAAAUGAUCAACGAGGUAAACUUGCGGUAUUAUUCAGACGCGUAG